CGCGAGAGAGAGAGAAAGACGAGUUUUACUGGAAGAAACUGCUGCGUACAUCCACCCCUAAAUAUACAGCCACACACUUGAUCACGAGGUUAAGAGCUGGAGAGGCGAAAUCACCCCCAAAGAUCAGAUUAUGACGCGACAAGACGAGUUGCGUAUGAAGAAGUGUCUGUAUGCCAUGCAGCGUAGCUCAGACCCACCUGUGGUCACGCACAACCUUAUCAACGAUGCCAAAGACGAUGUCAUGAAUGCGCUGAGGAAAUGUCAGCUACUCAAUAGAAAAGACGACCGAGUUAAGGUGAUCUUCCAUCCAGAGUUUGUCAAGUCCACAUCACCCCUACUGCCAUUAGACUACGAUGACUUUGUUCGAGGGUGUCAUAUGGGAGUGUUUCCUUCAUACUACGAACCGUGGGGCUACACACCGGCGGAAUGCACAGUCAUGGGAGUGCCUUCUAUCACGUCCAACUUGUCGGGUUUCGGUCUAUUUAUGGAGGAACACGUCCACGAACCGGAAUCAUACGGUAUCUAUGUAGUUGACCGCCGGUUCAAAUCACCUGACGAGUCGGCAAAUCAGUUGGUAGACUUUAUGUAUGAUUUCACCGUCAUGGAGCAGCGUCAGCGAAUCCAACUCAGGAAUCGGAAUGAGCGUCUGUCCGAUAUACUUGACUGGGGUAAACUAGGCUUGUACUACAAAAAGGCCCGAGAUCUUGCCAUUCGCAGAUCUUUUGGCGACGACUCUGCGCCCGCCCCUGUCAAAGUGGAUAAGGUUCAACCACCCAAAUCACCCAAGCUGUCCAUGGCUCAGCUGAAUUUGAUUGACGACGAUGAUAGUGACGAGGAUGAGAGUGCGGCGGCUGCGCGCGAGUUUAAUUCAAAUGCUCUCAAUCAGACUACAGAACAGAAAGAGUUCAAUGCGAGUCAGCAUUAAUUAACAUGGCUGCAUGCCAGGCAACUAUCGGACCUUACCUUAAUUAUAUUUGACCACCGCAUGGACGUGUGGAUGUUGCCAAAUCGUUGUCCUUGUGGGCAAACCUGCUACACUUAGACGACACGGGAUAGCAAACCAAUCGUUGAUACAUAGGAGAUGGUUCAAUUGUCUAGGCAUCCUUACAGCUUUUGCCUUGCAUCCACAAAAAAAUUCAACAGCAAAGAAUUAUAGUAUACAAAUAAUAUUAAUAAAAUCUACUUGAUGUUCGCGACCGCGUGCAGCUGAUUACAAGCAUA